AACGCCACAUGAUGACACGCCAAAUCGGGCCGCCGAGAAAGCAGUUCCGAGACCUCUACGUCCAACGCCACAACAACGUCAGCAUCCUCUACGCAGACAUCGUCAACUUCACGCCCCUCUCGGAACAGCUGAGCGCCAGUGACCUCGUGACGACCCUGAAUAACCUCUUCGGGAGUUUUGACCAGAUCGCCCAGGAUAACCAGUGUCUACGAAUCAAGAUCCUGGGCGACUGCUACUACUGCGUGUCCGGCCUCCCUGUGUCACGCCCCAACCACGCCGUGAACUGCGUGAAGAUGGGCUUGGAGAUGAUCAAUGCUAUCAGAAUCGUCCGAGACAAAGUUGGUCUGAACGUCGACAUGCGCAUCGGAAUACACACCGGAAAUGUACUAUGUGGCAUCCUCGGCCUCCGCAAGUGGCAGUAUGACGUCUGGUCCGAUGACGUCACACUUGCUAAUCACAUGGAGUCUGGAGGUGUCCCUGGACGAGUCCACAUCACCCGCGCGACCUUGGCUCAGCUGGACGACAAAUACCAGGUCGAGGCAGGUCACGGCCACCUGAGAGACCAGUACCUCGCUGACCAUAAGGUGGAGACGUUCCUGGUGGUCGCGAGCAAGAUUCCCAAACUGAAGUCGACCAGCAAGAUGACGAAGUGCGUGGAGUGCUGGGGGGCGGACACCCCCUUCGCCUCACUCAAAGAGGGCACUAAGGCAAAGAAUCUCAAAUUAACGUGUGUUUCCACGAUCGAGUCCAGUAUUAUGCCUCAGGGACACUUGCUGUUCGACUGCAGGUUUGCAGAGCUCCGUGCAAUGCGGUCCCAACACCUGGUUAUUUGUGACAGAAAACACCUCUUUGUAGAAGGGUUUGGUAAGGUGUGGUUUCGGAUGCCAGUGGGUGCAUAA